AUGGUUGUAGGGUCGCUGCUCCAAUCACUGUCCUUGUUCGCCUUAUCCUUCACAAAGCCUGAUCAGCUUUACUUGGCUUUUAUCGUGCAAGGUGUCCUUUCUGGGUUUGGGAUGGGCCUAAUGUCCGGUCCCACUGUCGCGGUCGUCUCUCAGCACUUCUCCAGAAAACGUACAUUAGUGAUGUCUCUGGUCUCAUCCGGUACACCACUCGGUUCCAUGAUCCAUCCGAUCAUGCUCAAUCGCCUCUUAAAUGGUACUGUUGGAUUUGCCAAUGGUGUUCGCAUCAGUGCGAGUUUUGUCAGUGCUCUGUUAUUGAUUGCCUGUUUAUGCAUGCGUACAAGAGUGUGGAGAAUCUAUACGAGCGGGAGGCUUCGCGACACGCUAAACAGGUACGAAUAUCUCAGUAUUCGUUUAUGA